CUUCCGUCACUCACCAUCCUGUCCAUGAGUGAUGUUCGGCUUCCAAGCCUUCCAGUGCUCCUUGAGACAUGUAACGUGCUUCAACCCAGUUCCCUUACUCGCUUGAAUAUUAGAAAUGUUUCAAUCCCUGAGUCCCUGUGCAAUCCAAGCAUAGAUGAUGAAGUGAUGUUGGCAAAUGCAAUGUCUAAGCAUCUGAGUUCAGUAACUUCCUUGAGCUUUAGGAAGAUUCAGAAACUUGCAUUAUUGCCAAAAUGGCUUACCCAGGGGCUUAAAGGACUCAAAGAAUUGCAGAUUUAUGGUUGUAACGAACUCGCAACACUGUGGCAGAAUGAGGCGGGACUGCAACACAGUCUCCUUGCCUUGCAAAGAUUGACAAUUGGUUGGUGUCCGCAACUUGUUUCAUUGUUUGAAGAAGACGAGGAUAUAGAAAACGAAGGGCAACAUCAACAAGAGGGAGUGCCUUCCAUGGUGAGACUUGAGUAUCUAUCUAUAAGUGAUUGUGAAAAGCUGGAGAAACUGCCACGGGGGCUACAUACCUUCACUUCUCUUCGAGAGAUGCAUAUCAGUAUGUGUCCAAGUCUGGUAUCUUUUUCAGAAACAGGCUUUCCGCCUACCCUAAAAGAACUUCGGAUUUGGAAAUGUAAGGCUCUGCGGUCCUUACCUGGGUGGACAGCGCACGAUUCUAAUCUGGAGUCCUUAACGGGUUGUGAUGAUCUGGAGUCCCUUCGGGAAGAAUGGGUCCACCACCCCCCAACAAAACUGUCAUUAUUGAUCAGCAAUUGCAAAAAACUAGAAUCUGUCCCUAGUUUAUGCAACAACAGCCUCCUCGUUUCCCUUGAAUAUCUGUUGAUAGAAAGUUGGCCUGCAGGAGGAGGAAUCGUCUCCUCCUACAUUCUAGAGAAAGGGAAUUUCCUCACCAACCUCACUUAUCUUGAUAUCAGGGAUAUGAAGAUUGGUAAGCCCCUAUCAGAGUGGGGUUUUCACAGAUUCUCCUCUCUUAAAACUCUCUGGCUUGGAGGCCCAAGUAACGUAUCAUCAUCAUCAUCAUCAUCAUCAGAAGAAGAAUAUUAUUCGGCGUCCAGCUUUCCAGUAGAUGGGAUGUUGCUGCCCACCUCUCUGAUGUGUCUGGUCAUUUGUCAUUUCCCAAAUCUGGAGAAGAUAUCUUCUUCCAUGGAGACCAUUCAAAACCUCACCGAUCUUGUAUUCAGAAAUUGCCCUAGGCUCGCAUCUUUUCCCGAGCAAGGAGGGCUGCCUCCCUCGCUUUUGGCACUUGAAUUCAGAGAUUGCCCUAGGCUCGCAUCUUUUCCCAAGCAAGAAGGGCUGCCUCCCUCGCUUUUGGAACUUUAUAUCUCCGGAUGUCCAAUAAUGAAACGGAGGUGUGAAAAGGGAAAAGGCCAAUACUGGCCACUCAUAGCUCCGAUUCCUAAAGUCACCAUAGAAGGCAGAUACAUCUUUGAAGGGUAAAGACCAAUAUGAGCAAUCAAAACUAGCAGGUUCAAUACAUUCAUUUAUCUACUUUGCCCCAGCUACUGCUAUUCUUGGGAAACCAAAAGAGCUACCAAAGGAUGGUAUCAACUCUUUUAAUCAUUUUCAGCUGCGUCCGGUGAAGUAAAUGUUGCAUCUGAUUUAAAGAAAUGUUGCAUCUUGUUGAAGACCUAAAGAAUGCAGUGGCUUGAUGAUUCUGUAUUGUUGUUGUUGUUUCCUUGCUUCUAGUCAUGUUGCUUUUUCUUUUUCUUUUUUUGCUUUUUUGGUAAACUGGGUUGCUUCUUUUAUCAUACUGUAUUUUCUGUUGUUGCUUUUGUACGUGUCAUAUAUAAAAGCUCAAUGGUAAAUUGACUGGUUUAUGUUGAUGCUACUGUUGUUGCUUCUUUGGCUUUCUAGACUUUCUGUGCAGCUAUUGCUAUCUUCUCAUGGUCUUUAUGUUGUAUCUAUUGUACAUAUGUUUAUGUCAGAUGUAAACAAGGCCUAGAUUGGCUAAAUGGUAUUGUCCUCAUCUUUUGCUUGCUUUAGACAAUUCCCAUCCUUGUUUGUAUUGCCCAUGUAUGCUCCUUGUACUAUGUAUUUACUUUUGAUCUUUGGUUUAUAUUGACUUCCCAAAAAAAAUGAAGUUUUGUUCAUCAAAUAAUCUGAGUGUUGAAAUUUGAUU